UCAAUUAAAUUAUUUUAUUAAAUUAUAUGCGAUUUAAGUUUACAUUAGUUGAAGUAAGAUGGAAGUAGAGGAAGAUGAUUCUAUUUCAUAUGAUUUUAAAUUUCAUAAUAAAAAAAGCAUAAUGUGUCAUGUUUAUAUUUUUAUGCUUUGUUUCUUAUUUAUAUUCAAAUAAUAAUAUAAAAUUAUAAAAUUAAUAAAAUUAUAAAAUCAAAAAUUUAAUGUCAUAGAUAAAGAUAAACUACACGCAGUCUCUAAUGGUAGAUUUAUUCUUUACUUCUAAUAUAAUUCUAUAUCAUUUUUUUGUAUACAUAAAAUUAUAUAUAUUUUAAUAUUGUUUUUUUUAUACAUUUUAAUACACUUUAUAUUACAUGAUUGUUUUUUCUUAUAAUAUUAUUUAAUAGAUAUUUUUUUUUUAAAUAGAUUGAAAUUAUUCAAUUUAACAAUUCAAGAUAUAAUUUCACUGAUACUUGCGCCAUCUCUUAAAAAUGUAUGAUUAAAUGUGAACAAAAUUACUCAUAUUAAAAUUGGAAUAGGUUUUUUUAUUGUGAUUUAUCGAAAAGUGCUGUGAUUAAUUUUAUAAUCUUUUUAUAGAAAAAAAUUCGUUUAAAGAUGAUGCAAUUUAUGCUAUUAUUCAGCCGUCAAGGAAAAUUACGUUUACAAAAAUGGUAUGUGGCUCAUCCUGAUAAAUUAAAGAAAAAAAUUACACGAGAAUUAAUUACUACAAUAUUGGCACGAAAACCAAAAAUGUCAAGUUUUUUAGAAUGGAAAGAUGUUAAGGUUGUCUAUAAAAGAUAUGCUAGUUUAUAUUUCUGUUGUGCAAUAGAACAAAAUGAUAAUGAACUAUUAACAUUAGAAAUUAUACAUCGUUAUGUUGAAUUAUUAGAUAAAUAUUUUGGAAGUGUUUGUGAAUUAGAUAUAAUUUUCAAUUUUGAGAAAGCAUACUUCAUCUUAGAUGAAUUAUUGGUUGGUGGUGAAAUUCAAGAAACUAGUAAAAAAAAUGUCCUAAAAGCCAUUGCAGCUCAGGAUUUACUACAGGAGGAGGAAACUCCACAAGGUUUUUUUGAGGAUCAUGGUCUAGGAUAAUACUUUCUAAACAAUGUAUCCAGCUUAAUGUAAGUGGUGUACUCUUACAACACUGCUUCAACAUUCCAGAAUUCUAUUUACAAUAAGCUUUAUCAAAUCGAUUUAAAUGUAUGGUACUGCAAAGAUAAAUUUAAAUUAUGUUUUAAUUAAAAUCAUGUUUUUAUUAUAAAAUUUUAUUUAAAUGUAAUUACAUAUAAAAAGUUGUAAUCACUAUUUGAAAAAUCAUUGAAAUCUAAUUAUUCUAUACAUGUUAAAAAAUAAACAAAUUGUUUCUCUUUAUUAAAAUAUUGGCAGUACUAUACUAUAUUUAUAAUUAUAUAUUAUAUAGAUAUAUAUACAUGUUUUUUUAAGUUUGUAUAUUAUUUAACCCUUUAUAUUUUAUUUACUUUAUAAAGUAAUUCUAUUUAUUUUUAUUACAUUUUUCAUUUUUAGUAGUAUUUUCAAAGAAGAUGAUAUUAUCAAAUAAUUGCUUUCAAAAUAAACAUUUAUAAUUAUAUUAUUUGAAUUAUACAUUGUUUAAUUUUUAAAUUAAUUGCAUUAUGAAUUACAAAUGCUGUUUGUGUAUUUUUUGUGUAUUCUAAUAUGUAUAUAUAUAUUAGAAUAUAAGCAAUAAUAAAUAAAGAAAUAUGACUUAUAUAAUUGUAAUAAGAUUGAAAUAUUUUUCAAAUUUUUUUGUAUGUAAUAUUUAAAUAAUUCAAUCAUUAUAACUGUUAUAUCUUUUUUUCAUGGAUGAUUCUUAUUAAAUUAUAUUAUAUAAAGGGUUAAAUAAUUAAUGAUUAUUCAAUAAUAUUAUAGUUAUACAUGUAUUAAUGUAUUCUUCGCGAGGUGCUUCUUAAAUUUUCAUUUGCAUUUAAUUAUUUUUUUAAAUUGAAGUAUAAAAAAAAUUGAAGUAUAAAAAGUUAUUAUGCUCUAUUAAUUUUUUUAUUAAUAAUGAAAUUGUGACAUUUUAUAGUUAUUAUAAAUACAAUAGUCAAUGAAUUUGACUUUGGCACUAAAAAAAUAUAUUAUUUAAAAAUAAUUCUACAAUUUAAACAAAUUCUACAAUGAAAACAAAUUGAAAAAAAAUAAAGAAGUAAUAUUUGAAAAAUAUAUGAAAAAAUUUAGAAAACAAAAUUUGAAGAAUUUUAUUUUAUAAGAAUUAUUGUCUCGAAUGAUUAUUAAAAAAAAUUAUGAUUAGAAAAAAAUUUAAUUAUAUUGCUAUAAAAAUUUUUCAGUUAAAGAUUUAUAGCUAAUAUAUGUUUAACAUAAUUUUUUUUAAUAGAUAUACUGCAUAUAGAAAAUUUAAGUUUUUUAAGAAAUAUGAAUUGAAAUAUAAUAAAAUUAAAAAAAAUCGAUAAAAGCAUUUUGAUACCAUUGAAUCUUGAUGAGCAAAUUAUAUAUUUUUCUCAUCAUAUAUGCUAUAAAUUUCAGCAAUCGCUGUAUGAAGAAAUUUUUCUUGUUAUAAUUAAUAGUUGAAUACUCGAAUUUAAUAUUUGUUUAAGAAGUUUGAAACAGCAUAUCCAGUUAAUUAAAUAUAUUUUUUAUUUAUUAUUUAAAUAAUUAAAUAAUUUAAUUAAAUUUCAUUCAAAUUGCUUUCAAAAUUUUAUUUAUUUUUAUGUAAUUUAAAAGUAUGGAAUAUUUAUGAAAUUUUGAAAAGAAAAAAAGAACAAAAUUAUAAAAUAUAAUAAUUUUUUAAACUUUAAAAGUAUAAUUUUUUGAAUAUAGAAAUAUUCAAUCAAUAAUCUAUAAUUUAUCUAUCAAUUUAUAAUUUAUAAUUUAUAAUUUAUCUAUCAAUUUUUUUCUUUAUAUAAAAUAUAAUAUAAAAAUGAUUUUGAAAUGUUUUUUAUUAAUUAUAAUAAAAAAUGUCAAAUGUCUUACUAUAAUCAAUUAUUUCAUAGAAUUUAAACUGGAUAUACUAUAAAAUUUCCUAAAUUUUGUUGAAUUGAUUAAUAAUAGGUGAAAUAAUAGAAAAUCCAUUGGAAAGACUUUCACCGAAUGAUUAUGCAAAUCAUUUGUUUUACACAGAAUGACUUAUUUUAAAGAAAUUAUUCAUUAAAGAAUUCACGAAUGAGUUGAAAGUAAAUAUAUUCAAUUUAUAAUUUAACUAUUUAUUGUACAAAUAAAUCAUAUAAAAGACAAACCGGAACGAGAUUGAUUAAAAAAAACCAUAUCUAAAGAACAUAAUCACAUAUUCUGACAUCAAAAUCAGAAAAUUUAAAAAAAUAGUUGAUUAGCUUUGAAUACAUUAUUCUUAUGUGAAAAUUAUGUUAAAGUAAAUCAAAAAGAUUUCUUUAAAAUCCUUCAAGAAUACGUUUCAUUUAUUUUUUUUCCAUUUCCAACUUAGUAAUUAGUAAUUUUCUUAGAUAAAUUUAUAAAAUUUAAAAUCGGUCAUUCCGUGUAUACUGACUGGAAAUGUGAAACGACUGAUGAUAAUAUCGAUUUCUCUGAAGCAUCGCCCUAUGAUAUUUUUUCAAUGCAGCUGAUUAUAAAAACAUUCAUGUUCCUGUUAAUCAUCAUCUUCUUAUAGCAAUAUAUUUUUGCGCGAUUUGAUCACCGAUUCGUUCUUUCAUAUAUAUUUCAAUAGCAGGCGAUAGAAAUCGAUAUUAAAAUAUGCAAGUUUGUAUCGUUACUAGAACCAUAUAGUUUAUCAAAUAUGGAAAAAUGUUCACUGAUUGUAUUUAAGAGAGAGAAAAAAAGAGAGAGAGAGAGAAAGAGAGAGAAAAUUUUCAUAGUAAUCGCGAUAAAUAUGUAACAACUACGCGAACACUUUGGGAAUUUGCAUAAGGACAAUAAGUUUAAGCACUGUUCGUUGAAUUGUUUGUUCAUGGUAUUGAUACAAACUAAUAGAAAGCGUUAUACAUAUCUGAAAACUAUAUAAGUAUCCACCAGUUUUCUAUAAUUUAUCUAGAUGUAGAUCGAAAUGUAUCGUGAUGUAUACAUCCACGAAUUAUAUCAUUUCAACCGGUUCAUUUUGAUAUUCUAUUUUAUACAUUCUAUUUUAUUUCGAUAUUUUAUUUCGAAUUUUUUGUUUUGCGAGUUUCUUUAACGAGUUUGAAAGAGAUAUAGUAGUUUUGGUUGAUAUAACGAAAUGCAUUGUUUCAAGUAAAUUGACAAAUUAAAAUAUUAAGGUGAUGGUAUUACAAGGAUUAAAUAAAAUUUAGUAGUAGUAAGUUUUUAAUAAUAACAAAUAGUGAAUAAAUUAAGUUAGUUAAAUUAAAGUUAAAUCAAAGUUAAAUUAAAGUCAAUUUAAAACUUGAAAUCAAUCAAUAAUUUUUUUUUUAAUGUCAUUAUGACAUCGCUAUUUUGACCAAACUUACUAUACUUAACAGAUGAUUUUCUUAAUAGAUUAAAAUUUUUUAAUCAAAUGAUUACAAAAUUUAUAAAAAUAUCUUUUUACAUUGCUAGGCAAUAUGAAUGUUUAUCUGGGAUUUGUAUAAUUAAAAAGAAAUGAAUAGAGACAAAAAAAAAAGAAAAAUACAGAAUAAUAUAUGAAAUAUUGAUUACAAUGAUAAAAUUAACCCAAAGAAAACAACAUAUUGCCUAGGAAUUUUAUUUUUUUAUUUAUCUUAUUUUAUAUUACAUAUACAUACAUAUAUCUAUAUAUUCAUAAAUGAUUUCACCAAACAAUAUAUAGAAUAAUUUUAAUUAUAUAAAAAAAAUGGCUAUGUUUAAAUUAAAUACUAUUUACUAUUUUGCGUUUCAAGUAUUAAUAAAUAAUGGUGCACGUAAACUGAUAUAAUUGCAUUGUUUUCUGUACCAUAAGCACUUUAUAUACGUAAACUUUAGGCACGUUAUUAUUAUAUAUAAUCAUUAUAUUUUUCGUUAGAUUAAUGAAUAUACGUAACAAUACAAUAGCAAAGAUACUUUUGUUCGAUAGUAUUUCGCGUAAGAAGAAAUCAAAAUUAGAAAUUAAGUGCUCAGAAUUAUUAGAAUUUGGUGGUAAAGAAGGAUUAAAGUAUUAAAUAAAAUUCAAGAAAUAAUACGAACCAAUGUUACAAACAUAUGAAUAUGUAUUUACUAUAUAAGUAUAUGAAUAUUAUAUUUGAAAAGACGAUGCUUUGUGCUCCGUCCAAUAAUAAAAUAUGUGAUGUAAAAAAAAUUUUUUUUUCAUCCUUUUCCUCUUAUUAAUAUAAUUUUGAUAAUUUGAAAUUUUCCAAUUAAUAAUCUGAAAAUGAUAAAUUGGCAAAUGAUUAUUACGAUUGUCCCAUAUAUUUAAUUUUCUAAAUUAAAAUUACAGCAUGUACGCGCAUUAAACUGUUGAAUGGGGAGGGAAUGAACACAACAUGGACACGCGAAUGCGUUUCCUCAUCCACUUCCGAUUGGAUAUUGAAAAAUCCUAUACGAGCCACGCUGUCGAGAUUUUCAUUAUCGACGUUUGUGGUAUUCAUUGUCGACUACGUACUUCAAGGAUUCAUGCAACAGCAAGUCGAUGAUGGGUGACAAUAAUAUCGCAUAUAACAAUGUUGUAUUAUUCAUAAAACGCAGGAUAGAAAAUGUUAGUUUUAAUCAAGUAAUAAGUUGACAAGAAUCGAACACUACACGAUUGAUCACACGAGUUAGAAUAUAUCUUCUAUAUACGUAUAUUUAUAUUUUAUAAGAAUAAUAUAUGUUAAAAAGUAUUUUAAGUACAAAUUAUUCCACGAUUCAAAAUGAAGAAAUGAAAUUUAAUAAUAAUUUCGUUUCUUAAAAAAGAAAUUUCAAGAACUAUUUAAUUGAGAACAUAUAUAUUUCUUUGAUCACUUAUCACAACAGAUGUUUCGAAAAACUUAUUAUCACGAUUUAUAAGUUCUAUCAAUAUUAACUAUAAGUUUCUUUAUUGACAAAUGAUACGACAAAGUUGAGUAUCGGUUUUUCUUUUUCACAUUUCAAAAUGUAUCUUUCUCACGAAUUGAUUUCAUUUUACUAUAUAUAUAUGUAUAUAUAUAUAUGUGUGUGUGUGUGAGAGAUUGAAGAAAAGAGAAAGAUGAAAGAAUAAAAGAUAACGAAUUGAAUUUUUUCUUUAUAUUUUCUUUAUAUUAUUCUCGAACGAGUAAUAUAAAAUAAUAAUAAAUAUAUUUGUAUUAAUAUAACCAUAAUUGCAUUAGGUUAUAAAAAAUAAAAUUUGCUCAUCUCAAAAUUAUCUGAAAUAAUAAUUAAAUUUUAAUAUAAUAAGCUAGCUAGAUUUCCGACGAAAUUUACAAGUAUAAAUUAUUAAAUAAAGUUAAUUUAUAAAUAACUAAAUUUAUCCCCUUUUAGUACGUACUACGUAUUUUCACCAUCAUAUACAUAUCUACAUCCAAUCAAAUCAAUAAUGGAGACAAGACAUUUACUUUUCCUAAUUAUAUCGUCGAUUCCCGUUCAAAUUCUUUUCAUCUUUCUACAUAAAUUUCUACAUAAACGAAUAAUCAGGCAUCUGAUCAAAAAAUUAACCAUUUUUCCCAUAUUAAUAUCGUAGAUAAAAAUGCUCGCCCCUGUAAUACUGAGAUAAUUAAAAACCAACUCUCCUUUACUUCAAAUACAACGAGAUGAAACGAAACGUCAAUCAACUAGAGAAGAGGCGAACAAAAUUCUCCUCCGAUUAUCCUCCAUCCGUGUUUUUUAUUCACCCCUUCUAAAGUUUCUCAAACGAACGGUUUCCAAAAAAAAAAAAAAAAAGAAACGACGAAACAACUCGUUCGAAGAAAACGAGAAAUAAAACCGUGCGAAGAGGACGGGAGAAGACGAGGUACGGUCUGUCCGUCGAGCGACUCGUACGAUGGAAUGGGCUGUGUGCACGCAUGAAACGUGAAGCGCGUUGCGCGAGAGGAACGCUGCGGAUCCGCGUCGGCGCGCGAGCAGCGCAAAGCGUCGACGGCUGGUCGUCCCUUUGACGUCGUCGAGGCGAGUCGUGGCGGCCUCGAAAGCCCGAUACGUGUGUGUAUAACGCGGUGUCGUUUCGCUGCACCGGCCCCGAUCGAAGCUUCUGUUUCUCGCUUCGGGAGAGGCUGCCUUUGUUCGCGUGCACCGGGAGUCGAUAUCUCGGCCAGUGGCGUGUACGAAAACGGAAACGGAGGAAGCGUAGCUGCUCCUCCGGGCUCGUUGUCGUGUGUCGGGAAGGUAGUACAGUGGGGUGGAGCGGCGCCGUCCCGACGUCGCUCACGGACCCGAUAACACCGGACCACGAUUACCCAGUGCCCUAGUCUUCGUUCUUGGAUGUGCUUACGCGCGUGUACUCGCGUCGCGUAAUUGGAAGAGAGAAAGAAAGAAAGGAAGAAAGGGGAAGGAAAGAAAAAUGUGACUGUGAAAUUGGGGGGAGAGAGAGAGAGAGAGAGAGAGAACGAUCGAGACAUUUUCGAGAAUGAACGCGAUCGAGAAUAUUUGAAAGACUUAUUAUGAAUAUCAGGACGUUGAGGAUCGUAUCUUCGUUCACGAGAAAGGAUCGUGUUACUUGAUACCUAUCCGUCAUUAUCGAACUGUACUAGGAAAAUAUUUUCAAUAUUACAAUAAAUACCUGGAAAUUUGAAAACAGAUAAUAACGUUGUUUCCGUCGCGAAGGAGAUAUAAAUAAGAUAAGAGGGAAGAUAGAGGAAGAAAGAAUUAUCAAGGGAGGGGUAAGAUCUUGGAGGGUAACCCCCUCGAAUAGGGGGCACCCUCGCGCGAGAACCCAGCUGGCCUGUGCAUGAUUCCGUCACUGCACGACGGUGGUGACGAAGGGGCUGAUGUCAGUGCGGCCACUCGGCGCCCGCUCCGUGGCUCGGAUGCGCGAACGCGACACCCGCAUCGUCGUCGUACCGCGAGUGAAGCUCCCGGCGGAGGCGGAGGCGGCAGUAGCAGCGGCCGAUGACGGUGAUGGUCAGCCGCGAAACAGUGGUGACUGCUGACUGGUGCACGAUCAAACGCAAUCUCUGUACACGGCCGCGUACACGGUGCCGUGCCGGUCGGUCGGUCGGUUUUGGGGGCGCAGCUUCGGGGAAUAAUGCGCGUUAGGCACGUUACGCGACGACGAGGACGACGGUACGACGCGAGGGACCCGAGCGGCCAGCCGCGGGUGCAGCUGCAGCAACGCAAUUAUGUACGCGUACGGUUUCGAGAUCACGUAGUGGCUGCCGUGUAAUUAUGUUGUCAUCGACGCGCGGCGCGCCCUGUGUAGCUUCACGGUGAAAAUCUGGCGUGAGCGGUGCCGCGGUGGAACGGGGAACAUGGCGUCGGUCUCGGCUGAGACUCCAGCCAGCCAUGGGCACAGCUUCAGCAAGAAGACGUUUCACAAGCCGACGUACUGCCAUAGCUGCACCGACAUGCUGUGGGGCCUCAUACAGCAGGGGUACAUCUGCGAAGGUGAGCUCCUGCCCGUCCAUCUCUCUCCCCCUCCCCCCUCCCUCUUUGAAACCUACCCCAAUUCCUUGUUUAUUACUCUUUUCCUCGCUCGUCCGAUCACGUAUGCGAUUGAGUAGAGCGGUAGGUGAAACUCGUCGAGCGGAGUUUAAUUACGUUUGUUGCGAGAUCGAGGAUAUUUCGCUGGGUAUUUGUAUGUAUUUUGGAUUGGUAGUUGAAUGGUCCACACUUGCGCAUCGAUCUUUCCAUUUUAUAAACGAUAUAUCGAGUUUUCUUGGAAUAUAUAUAUAUAUAUUCGAAUGUAGGUGAAAUGGAAAGUGAUUUUCCGGACGAGGUUUAUUGGAACAUGAAAAAAUCGGUCGAAAGAGAGGUAGGUUGGAAGGAUGGUUUAUCGAGGGGAUUAAGUAUAUAUAUAUAUAUAUAUAGGAGUUUGUGACCAGUGUCGGGGCAAGUUUUUAACGGAGAAACCGCAAGGCAGAGGACCGAUCGAUAAUGAGCGCGUUCGGUAACGAAAUCGAAUACGCGGCGCGUUGCCGCCGAAGUAUGCUCGUCCCGCCUUUUCACGGGCUCCGAAACCUUGGUCGGCGUGCAAAGUUGAAGCUGGCUGACCUCCAAGAAUGAUGAAUGGCAAGUGCCCAUUCAUCGUAUGUACAGAGAGGGUGGUACGUUCAUCCAGAGAGGAUCGUUGCUUUCUAAUUCUUGUAACUUUUAAUCGAAAUCUCAAUUUGCAAUUUUCAUUCUCCUAUCCCCUGUGAUUGUGCUCGAUUCGUAGACUAAGGAUACGGGAUACGAAUAACUUUCAACAUAGAAUUCAAUUUAAUUGGGUAGAAAUUGAUUUAAACUGCAACGAAAAAAGAAUAAUUGUAACCUCUAUUAUAAUUAUUAAAUUUGUUAUAUUUUUUAAUCGAUUUGCCUGGAAUAUUAGCAUCUUAAUCUACGUAAAUAUUCAUCAACUCAGAUAUUCAUCAAAGUUGUUCGAUGGCUUAGGUUUUCAAAUUUCAAAACAUAUCGUUCAACUUUAAAAUUCAGCUAAAAAGCGCCCCAAACCUGUGCCCUAGUUUCUCAACGUGACAUUCAAAUAUUUUUGCCCGAUAUUAUCUAGCAUCUAGAUCCCGAGCUAUCAACAGCGACAGAUACUCAUCCACCCCUCACGAAUCGUUCCAAAUUCUCCACAAACGUUUCUCCAACAUAACCCCAAACAUUCAUCUCCGAACAACGAGCAACAACUUUCCAUGAGAAUCCAUAAUUGCUUCCUCGUGCACGAUUCUCGCAAACCCACCAUCUUUGGAGCUGAUAACGGGGCGCCACAUUUCCCACCCCGUCACGAUUUGCGCACACUCCCAUUCGAGUGUUUACCCCUUGCAGCACAGGACUAAGAGAACGGGUGGAGGAGCACAAUAGCGAGAAUUCAAAUUGUUUGUCGUUUGGAUCCUGUAUUCUUUGCAGGAAGAAUGAAAGAAAGAAAGAAGGAAGGAAAGAAAGAAAGAAAGAAAAAAAGAAAAAAAAAAGAGAAAAGAGACGGCUACCUUCGGAAGAUUUUUGCAAGAAUCGUUUUCCUUUUCCAUCGUGGAAAUUCGAGAGCAACGACAGCACGACUCGGUUAAGGAAAAAUCGAGAUGGAAGGAAGGCGAGGGCGCGCGCAUCGAGCCUUUUCACAAGCAUUGAUCGUGGGGGGUGGUGUGGGAUAGCUGAUAGACUCUGGAGAGAGCAGGAGGAAGGAGUACACGGCGAGAGAGUUAGCUUGGGUCGAGGGGUGUGAGGGUGUGCGCGAAAGAAAGAGCUCGUCGAGGAGCGGAGGCCAUCGUAAAGAGUAAGCAUCCGCGGACACUUUGCAACUUGGUUACUUGUACUUUAUCGUUUGAUCAAACGAUGGAUUUGAUUCAUGAGUAUUAAGGGCACCAGUGAUGUCGAAUAAUUUUGACAGAAUGGAUGACAGCUGCAAUUUGUUGAAAUUUUUAAACAGCGAUAAUAAAUUGUUAAUCGAGUGCAUAUAAAUAUUUUUCCAGAGCUAUGGAUUUUCCGUGAACAUUUUAAUAUUGAUAAACUGAUUAUGCAGUUUUCAUUUUUUUUAGAAAUCGAGUUUUUAAAUUGUAUCAAUUUUUUCGAUUCUUUCGAAAAAAUCCCUGAAGAGAAAUUUAAUGAAGAUAAAGAAAUAAAAGAGACUCUUUUAUGCGUUUAAAUUAUAUAAUAUUUCUAUCUUGUCUCCUAUUUUUAUUUCUAAAAAUAAUUUUUUUACAUCAGUACGCACAUAGAUGAUAAAACAUUCUUCCAAUCAACAGUGAACGCGUUAAAUACAAGUAUCCUCGACUCUCGAGAGCCUCAGACACUCGACAGUCAUCACUCUUCUCGAAGAACGUGUUCAACAGGGAAGCAUUUUAACAUAUCAACAAGCAUCGAGCCGAAGCGAUAACACAGAGUACAGAACAAUGCAGUUGGUCGGUAUUACCGCGGGCAAUUAGGAAGAGCAGAAACGGAAUUCAAGAUGAGAUGAGAUCAGAUCAAUCAGGAAUGUCGCUUUUAAACAAGACACAGCGGUGCGUUUAGACUCGUCGUCGACCAGGAAUAUAUGAAACGUGUAUACAUCUGGAUCCACGCAUUUCUGUUCGAUACGCCAACGCUAUCGAGAUUUCUGAUUUCUAGAAUACGUAUGGAAACGUAUCAAACGGAAAACUGUUCAUCCUUGUUGAUUUACUUUUCUUAACGUUUCCUCAAAUUCAUCCUCUUUUUCUUGUUCUUUUCUUUUCUUUUUUGUUUCAUAAUUGAAGUAUUAAAUGAUAUAAAAAAAAUAAGAAAGCAGUGGUACGUUAAAAAGAGAAUUCUGAAAGAGAUGGAUCAACACGUGUGAUCAAAGGUUGUACGAAUAUUCGGAAUACUUUGGACCCGAUAUCUUUAAUUUUAGCUUUCAGUGGGAUUUUCAGCCUCGAUCGAUCGAAUAUUCCACGGAUCACGAUAGAUCUCUCGAGGUCGUUGUUAGAAAUGUAGCAGGAUCUGGAUUUCUUCGUUUGAUUGUAAAAACAUCGGGAAUCGAAUAUACGUUGAAAUGUAGAAUUAAUUCUGUUUGAUAUUAAUUCGAAACGUUCAAAACGUUGAUUUUCUCGAUUUGAUUAAGGAAACGGUAAAGAUUAAUAUAAGAUCGCGUAUAAUAUAAUGUCAACAAGUAUUAAGAAACAAGAAAAGUUUAACGAAUUAUUCAUCCUUUUUAGAAUAUUUAUGAUCGAAAAAAGAGAAAAACGAUGAAUGAUUCGACAAUACCUUAGAAUUUAAUUCAUAAAUUCUUCUUUACAUUUCGAAUUAAAACAUUUCGAGUGCCGACACACUCGUGUAUAAGAUCGUGUUAUGCGUCAACACGAAUUUUAUUUUGAACACAGCAUCUCGAUAAAUUUAUUUUUCGCCCCGUUGAUUCAGAGAGCUGUUUGUAAGAUGAAUACCCCGAGAUUCGAGAAUUUCGGGCAAUGUCGUUCAACUUAUUAAUAGUCGUUCACCUCGCAAUGCGGUGGAAAGAAAUUUAUGAAAAAAAAAAAAAGAAAAAAAGAAAAAAAGUUAUGAAGAAAACCGUGGAAUAACAGAACAGUUCUUCAAGGCUGGCUUUAUUUUUAGCAAACCGGAAAUAUAGCGUACACCAUUGGGACGCUGUUACACGUUACGUCGCUUUUUUACCUGUACGCGACAAAUAUCUUAAAAAAAUCGAUAAGAUUAAUAUUCCAUGAUAUUAUUUUUUUUCUCCAACUUUUUUAGGUUCGAUUCGCAACGAGCUUUUUCGAGGCGCGUUUGAUGCGAUAAUGUUUUUCACAUUAAGAUGAUCAUUUAAAAAUAACUCGAAUUCUCGUCAAGGUUAAACUUUACAAAUUUCCAGGAAAAGGAAUAUUUUUUUCAUAAAAUGAUAUCGAAUAGGAUAUAUUAAGUUUUUUCUUUUUUUUUUUUUUGAAAUUAUUACUUUAGUCGUAGUGUAAAUUUAUUUAAAAUAAAGUUCUUCAAAUAUUCUAAUAAUACAUCGUAAUUAUUAUUCUGUGACGAAUAUAGGGUAUAAGUGAAAAAAAACGUAUUGAUCGAUAUUUGUUGUUCUUAUAUUUUCGCUCUCUGUAUUUUGAAUAAGUGUCGCGUUAUGAAAAGUGCACGCGUUUGGACAUACUUCCCGAAUGGAUUCGAGGGCUCGUUAUUGUCGAGAGAAGGCAACAAACAGAUCGUAAACCUCACAAUUGAGUGGAAACGUUACGAUGCAACGAAAUGAAAUAAGAAUUGAUAUUAGACACGCUGCAAUUGAAUGUUGUUUGAGUGUUGAAACAGAGGAUAGACAAUUAUUGGACUAAAAUUAUUGAAACUUGAACAACUGUAUGAUUGUUAUUAUACGAUCUUUCUUUUUUUUUCUCACUUUUGCAAAUUUAUUAAAAUAAAAAUAAAAUGUAAAUGAUUGAAUAAAGAAACCCUUUUUUCCUAAA